CUUCAUCUGGGACCACUCGCCGAGUCGUACUUUUUAACACUGCAGAACAAUUGAACGAGCCACAAUUUGCGAGGAGUUCUGUUGCUUAACAUCAAUUACAGUCACAAAGGAAAGAGAGUUUAAAAAAAAAGUACUGUAUCCAGACUGAGCAUCUUUCUUUGCCACCAGCUAUGGAGAGGGGUGUCAGAUUAUGCCCUAUUUGGCACAAUAACGUUUUUUGGUUUAUGCUUUUGAUAAUCAUAUAUUUCUUUCUAUCCGCUAAAUCAGAGCUAACUUGCAGAUCAUGUCAGCCGGGAAUUAAGGGGCGUAUUAAGGAAUUACUGCUUAAAACGGACACACGAGAAUUCGCAACAGGGUACGGAGAGGAAGUUAUUGGAAAUGGAGACGGGGCAACUGCUUCACGGAGUUUAAAUUCUGCAAGUGCCGAAACUCAACAGCUUGAUUGCGCAGCUGGGUCCGAUGCAUGCAUCCAGGGGAAAUACAUCUACUCAAGGCGAAAACGGAAUACUGACAUGCUGUUCCCUUACAAGAACGCACUACUCGAUGGAGGAAUGCACUACGGUGGUGGUAAAGAGAGAAAAUUCACCCCGCGCGGUGAGUACAAAGUUUCCAACCUGAAAAUGAACCUUCAUGCAGGAAAUACAGAUGUCGGGAAGGCUCGCGCAGAUUUAAUUCCCGGCAUCACACACAAGCACCGAGUUCGUAGGAACAGCCCGAGAUCUAAUAUUGGGGACGAUAAAGUGAAGUCCUCCGGCUCACCCAAGAGAAGGGAGACGCUGCCUCUGAGUUACUCUCGAGAGGGCAUCACCUCACCGUCUGGGCGCAGCAGAGUGACACGGUCUGAAUUGCGAUGGAGCAACGAGGACAGGAGAGCGGCCAGUUCGAGGCAGGACGAACUCAAACUCACCAGUUCAACCUUCGCUUUGACCGGAGAUUCCGCUCACAACCAAGCCAUGGUGCACUGGUCUGGGCAAAAUAGCAGUGUGAUUCUCAUGCUGACCAAGCUGUUUGACUUCAACCUGAACAGUGUCACGGAGAGCUCGUUGUGGAGGUCAACCGACUACGGAACCACUUACCAGAAGCUCAAUGAGAAAGUGGGGGCGAAAACAAUCCUCAGCUACUUGUACGUCAGUCCCAACAACAAGAGAAAGAUCAUGCUUCUGACUGACCCGGAGGUGGAAAGCAGCCUGCUGAUCAGCUCCGAUGAGGGAGCCACCUAUCAGAAGUACCGCCUCAGCUUCUACAUCCUCAGCCUUCUCUUCCACCCCGAGCAGGAGGACUGGAUCCUUGCCUACAGCCAUGACCAGAAGCUGUACAGCUCGGUGGAGUUUGGAAGGAGGUGGCAACUUGUCCAUGAGAGGGUGGCCCCCAAUCGAUUCUACUGGUCAAAAACGGGUUUAGACAAAGAACCGGGCUUAAUUCACCUGGAAACCAUCAUCUCUGAAGGACAGGCGCUGUACGUCACCUGCAAGCUGCAGAACUGCACCGAGGCCAAUAAGGGAAAGCCGUUCCCUGGCUACAUUGACCCCAAUUCCCUUGUGGUGCAAGACGAGUAUGUGUUUGUCCAGGUGUCAACUGGUGGGCGUCCAAUCUACUACGUGUCAGCCAAGCGGGAAGUCUUCACACCCAUGAAGCUACCCAAAUACACCUUGCCUAAGGAUCUGCAUGUGAUCAGUACGGAUGAGAACCGGGUGGUUGCGGCGGUGCAGGAGUGGAACCAGAACGACACCUACAACCUGUACGUGUCAGAGACUGGAGGGGUCUUCUACACCCUGGCCCUGGAGAACGUAGUCAGCAGCAUGGGGCACGAGGGCAACGUCAUGAUAGACCUGUAUGAGGUGGCGGGUAUUAAAGGGAUGUUCCUCGCCAACAAGAAGACGGACAGCGUGGUGAAGACCUACAUCACCUACAACAGAGGGAGAGACUGGAGGCUCCUGCAGGCUCCCACUGCUGACCUGAGGGGCAACAGCAUCCGCUGUGAACUACCAUACUGUUCCCUACACCUCCACCUGCAUGUGUCGGCCAACCCCUACACGUCGGGGAAUAUCGAGAGCAAGGACUCUGCCCCGGGGAUCAUUGUGGCCUCAGGCUCCAUCGGAGCGGAGUUGACCACCAGCAACGUGAGCAUGUUCAUCACCUCGGACGCCGGCAACACGUGGAGACAGAUCUUUGAUGAGGAGUACAGUGUUCUCUACCUGGACCAAGGAGGGGCCCUGGUGGCUAUAAGACACACUCCACUCCCCAUCCGACACCUAUGGAUGAGUUUCGACGAGGGGAGAGAGUGGAAUAAAUACAGUUUCACCAUGUCGCCCCUGUUUGUGGACGGGUUGCUAGGGGAGCCGGGGGAGGAGACUCUCAUCAUGACGAUCUUUGGCCACGUCAGUCACCGGUCCGAGUGGCAGCUAGUCAAGAUUGACUUCAGGUCCAUCUUCAACCGGAGAUGUACAGAGGGGGAUUACCAGACAUGGCACCUACACAACCGGGGCGAGCCGUGCAUCAUGGGAGUGAAAAGAAUCUACAGGAAGUUGAAGCCCAUAGCCAGGUGCGUUAUGGGUAAGACCUACUCGGUCACGAUGACCUCGGCUCCCUGCGACUGCACAGAGGCCGACUUUGAGUGUGACUAUGGCUACGAGAGGCGGAGUGACGGCAAGUGCACCCCCGCCUUUUGGUUCCUCCCAUCGUCCAUGUCGAGAAGCUGUACCACAGGGACUACUUUCAUCAACAGCACUGGCUACAGGAAGGUGGUGUCCAAUAACUGCACAGCGGGAGUCAUAGCAGAGUACACGGCCAGGAGGCAGCACUGUCCUACGCAGGCCCCCAAAGGCCUGCACCUUGUCACCAGUGAAGGAAAGCUGACAGCUACGCUGGGCACCAAUGUCACCUUCCUGGUGUUUCUUGAAGAGGGCGACGGAGCCAGGACGAGCAUCAUGGUGGACUUCGGGGACGGUCACGCUCUGACCUACUCCAACGUGAGCUCCAUAGAGGAUGGGGUCAAGCACGUCUACAAAGCUGUGGGGAUCUACCGUGUGUCCGCUACAGGAGAGAACAGGCUGGGGUCGGAGAGCGUGGUGCUGUACCUCCACGUCACAUGUCAGCUGGAGUAUAUCCAUCUCUCCGCUCCCUUUGUGGCAGUGAAGAGUAAGGAAGUCAACCUCACCGCUGUGCUGUGGCCGAGCCAAGUGGGAACAGUCACCUACAUCUGGUGGUUCGGAAAUAACACUGAGCCGAUAAUCACCCUGGAAGGGAGCGUGGCGUGCACGUUCUCCCGGGAAGGCGUCAACACUGUCACCGUGCAGGUGUCCGCUGGGAAUGCCAUCCUGCAGGACCGGAAAACCAUCGCUGUCCACGAAUAUUUCAGGUCACAUCUACUAGCCUUCUCAUCUAACCUGGAUGACCACAACCCCGAUGUGGCCGAAUGGAGACUGGACGUCAGCAGAGUCAUCAAGAACUCCAUGGUCAAAGCCACAGGGGUGAGCCCGGAGCUGCUCCUUGUCACCGUCCUACCAGGGUUGCCCACGGCUGCAGAGUUUUUCCUCCUGCCAGACAAAGAGUUAACAGAGGGCAAGCCAGAGAAGAACUCAGCUCAUUUAGACCAGCUCUCUGAAAUCUUGCUUAGCGCCCUCAACCAAAACCUGGUCCAGUUCACCCUUCGGCCUGGGGUCCAGGUCACAGUAUACGCUGCACAUUUGUCAGCAGCGCCCCUAGUGGACACGAGUGAGAACCACAGCGGCUCGGCCAUGCUGAUGCUGCUGUCGGUUGUGGUUCUGGGUUUGGCGAUAUUUGUCGUCUACAAAUUCAAAAGGAAGAUCCCAGGCCUCAACGUCUAUGCGCAGAUGCAGAACGAAAAAGAACAAGAAAUGAUCCCGAGUCCAGUAAGUCCGACGGAAAGCACCCUGGUGUCCCCGAACACUCCGAUGGAGCUGGUGACUUCUCCGGAGCUUAUGGACACCGAGUUGAACACAAGGCCCAUCGGAUGCAUCAAACCUCACGCACAUGUCAAGUUCUCAACGGAACUCCCCACGUACAUCAACAUUUAAAAACUCCGGACAACUCCGAAAACAGCGACUCCAUUCUGUGUCAUGGACUUUUUGAAUCAUUUGAGCGGACACGAUGGUUUUGAGCUUUAUACCUGUGCAUGUUGGACUUUACUGACUUUGCUGACACUUACUGUGCUCUGUGAAAACCAGAGGAAACUGUAUACAGGUUGUUGUUUUUUUAUACGUAAUAUAAGUCUAUCCAAUAAAAAAUAAUUUUUGAUGAAAUUUAUUUAUACAAAGUCAAGUACAUAACUACAAAUGGAAAGCCAGCAUGAUCUAAAGAAAAAAAAUGCAUAAAAAACAACUCUUUUGGUUAGCUUACUGUAAGUGUCUUACAUCCUUUUUUGCUACUGUGUGUCGCUAACAGAGGUGGUACACUAUUUAUUCAUAAGAAUAUCCUUUAAAGUAUAUAACUGAAUUUAAAAAUCACAUUUAUUUUGUAAAUCAUGAAUGUCUGUGAUAUGUGUAUUUUAAUAACAAAUUGCAAACUGAAAAAUGAUAUCAAUUAUUAAUACAACCAUUUUGUUUCCGUUCUGUUCACUGUCUCACGAAAAGCUGAUUAUGGCACAAUACUCUUUUGUACUAAAAUGUUUUGUUUUUGCUUACAAUGUAAUAAUUUGAAGACAGAUACAGGGUUUGGUAGUCACUCUUGAUUUGGUGAUUUUAUUGAACUUUGCUGUUAAUCUUUACACUACGAGCUAUAUUUAACGAGAAACACUAGUUGUAGGACACUUUGUUUUUUUCCCCAAUGUAAUAGCUUGGCCUGAGAACCGUGGUGCUACCAUGAUAGGGACUUCAAGAGAAGCCAAUGUAGAUGCAUUGUGUUUUCAGUUCCCUCUGACACCAUGCAUUAGUUACACUUGAUUUCAUAGAGGAGAACUGGGCAAAGGGCAGUUAUUUGGGGGGCAUCAAAAUCGGUCAAUAUCCUCUCAAAGUAACUUUUUAUCCCGAAGUUAACUGACGUCCCAAUUUGGAGGUUGUGAAAGUUAAAAUGAAAAACAGCUGCUUUAAGAUGAAAUAUUAAGUGGAGCAUUCAGAGCGAAAAAAAGAGUGGACUGCCUUUUAGGGCAAGACACACCAGGGCAUUGAAAUAGGAAGAACAGAACUGCAAGUCUCGUCAGGAAUUUAGUUAAUGCAGCCAGUCAAGCUCAAUGCUGGUUAAGGUUGGUGACACAUUUAGGCUAAUGUCCCCCAGUCUCAGCCCCGUGUUCUCCAUCUCUGUAGCGUAUUAUACCCGCUUUCAAGAACCAAAGGAAGUAGAGCGCAGAUGGUAGGGUACAUGGAUGGUUAACUUGUUUUGAGAAGCAGGGUUAGACGCAGUCGAACCCCAAAGUGUUGUUCUGACAGACGUGAUUGUUUGGUUGAUGGUUAUGGCAUUUCAGAAGACCCUUAUUGUCCUUGUCAUUCCACAAAGACAAUUAUGGAGGGAAAUUGUUAUAUUUCUGGAAUCUUCACAUAACCAUUAUUCUACUGUAGCUGGACAGUGAUGCUAAAAUAUUCCAAGUGACUUGAACUAUGUUGCCUACAUAUUGUAUACACACACACGAACACCCACCCACCAACACACAUCCUAGAAUGUACAGUACCAGUCAAGUUUGGACACACCUACUCAUUCAAGGGUUUUCCUUACUUUUUUACUAUUUUCUACAUAGUAUUAAUGUCUUCAAUAUUAUUAUACAAUGAAAUAACACAUGGAAUCAUGUAGUAACCAAAAAAGUGUUAAACGAAUCAAAAUGUAUUUUAUAAUUGAGAUUCUUCAAAGUAACCAUCCUCUGCCUUGAUGACAGCUUUGUACUCUCUUGGCAUUCUCUCAACCAGCUUCACCUGGAAUGCUUUUACUUCACUCUGCGGUCCAAGUCAUUCCAAACCAUCUCAAUCGGGUUGAGGUUGAGUGAUUAUGGAGGCCAGGUCAUCUGAUGAGGCACUCCAUCACUCUCUUUCUUGGUCAAAUAGCCCUUACACAGACUGGAGGUAUGUUUUGGGUCAUUGUCCUGUUGAAAAAUAAAUGAUAGUCCCACUAAGCGCAAACCAGAUUGGAUGGUGUAUUGCUGCAGAAUGCUGUGGUAGCCAUGUUGGUUAAGUAUGCCUUGAAUUCUAAAUAAAUCACAGACAGUGUCACCAGCAAACCACCUCCUCCAUGCUUCACGGUGGGAACCACACAUGCGGAGAUAAUCCGUUCACCUACUCUGCGUCUCAGAAAGACAUGGCGCUUGGAACAAAACAUCUCAAAUUUGGAUUAAUCAGACCAAAGAACUGAUUUCCACCAGUCUAAUGUCCAUUGCUCAUAUAUCUUCGCGCUAGCAAGUCUCUUCUUAUUAUUGGUGUUCUUUAGCAGUGGUUUAUUUGCAGCAAUUCAACCAUGAAUACCUGAUUCACACAGUCUCCUCUGAACAGCCAAUGUUGAUGUGUCUGCUACUUGAACUCUGAAGCAUUUAUUUGGGCUGCAAUUUCUGAGACUGGUAACUCUAACAAACUUAUCCUCUGCAGCAGAAGUAACUCUGGGUCUUCCUUUCCUGUGGCGGUCCUCAUGAGAGCCAGUUUCAUCAUAGUGCGACUGCACUUGAAGAAACUUUCAACGUUCUGGAAAUGUUCCGCAUUGACUGACUUUCAUGUCUUACAGAAAUAAUGGACUGUUGUUUCUCUUUGCUUAUUUGAGUUGUUCUUGCCAUAAAAUAUACGUUGUCUUUUACCAAAUAGGCUAUCUUCUGUAUACCACCCCUACCUUGUCACAACACAACUGAUUGGCUCAAACUCAGAAAAUAAAAAAAGAAAUCAAAUUCUAUAAAUAAACUUUUAACAAGGCACACCUGUUAAUUGAAAUUAAUUCCAGGUGACUACCUCGUGAAUCUGGUUGAGGGAAUGCCAAGAGUGUUCAAAGCUGUCAUCAAGGCAAAGGGUGGCUACUUUGAAGAAUCUCAAAUAUAUUACAUAUUUUGAGUUUAACACUUUUUUUGGUUACCACAUGAUUCCAUGCGUUAUUUCAUAGGUUUGAUGUCUGCACUAUUAUUCUACAAUGUAGAAAAUAGUAAAAAUAAAGAAAAACCCUUGAAUGGGUAGGGGUGUCCAAACUUUUGACUGGUAGUGUAAAUCGAGAAAGAAACAGGACAAUGUUCAUGUCUUUGACCUUAAAUAAGAGGUAUUUUCACAUAGAUAUGGACUAACUCAUUGUUACAUUGCUAUCUUCCAAUAGUGUUUCAUAGCAAAGCUUCUUAGAUAUUUCAUUAUGAAAAAGUGCCCAUCCUCUAGUUUAAACAUGUAUAUUUGAGGCUGCAUGCUAGUACUUCUUUAAAUAACAAACCUAAUUUCAUCUUGUUUUUAUUUUGUUAGAUUUUUUUACUUUCAAAUCGACAAGAACGUAGGUAUUUCCUCUCAAAGAAUACUAUAAAGUUGCUAUUUUAUGUAUAUCAAAAACUAUGACAUUGUAACAGCUUUUGGCUAAUGUUUUAACAAAUGACUGGUUGAACUACAGAAUAUAGAACUCCAUCAGAGCAGCAGGAAACUCUAGCAAUAUGACCCUAUAUUUACUCCUGAUUAUCACAUUAAAGGAUUUAAGAGACUUUUCUGAGUGAAUGGUCUCUUUAACAUAAGUCUUCGAAUAACAAGCUUUCGUGCUCCAUAUAAGUAUUUUGACCAACAGAACAAUGGCGGAGCUCUCAGAACCACCCCUUAGGCAAUAUUCAGCUGAGAACGAAUCCACCGGCCCACACUGGCUCAAGUUAAGCACCUUCUGCCUUUGAAUCCUUCAGGUUCACAAAUGGAGGUGGACAGGUGGAACUUCCUGGAAGCUCUGCUGGCAAGUGAUAGGGAAACUCUGGGCUGGGAUGUUCAGACAUUUUGUGAUGUUAUAACAUACUAUGAUGUCACAGGACAGGAACCCAAGGUGCGGGCUGGGCUGUAUACGAAUGACAGACUAGCUAGAGUAAGAAACGGGCAUGUCCAGUUCUCAACAGCCUGAAUGUCUUGUUUCUAAAGCAGUUCUAAUAUGGACACCGUAAAACCUUGUUUAACAUCUCAAACAAGGUCUGAUUUCUACCAGUGAAACCAGCAGUAUGGUGUCCAUUUUAGGACAUUAUCCAGCUGUGUGAAUGCAUUAAAAGGAAACCAGCAGAGACACUUCACGAGGACUUGAUUUUGUUCAUCCCUAAGCUAUAACUUCGCUCUCUUCCCCCAUAGAGUUAGUGAGAUUAUUUUUGUAGACAGAGUUUUAUUACUGUAAAGCUUUUAUAUAAAAAUACAAAAGUUUAGGUGUACAAUAUUUUUUGUUUUGACCUUUAAAUGUGCUGUGUGUAAUUGUUUUAUGCAUUUACAAUCAUAUUUAUUAAAUUAAAAAGUUGAUGUUAA